AUCUCCGUCAGUGAUGAGGACUUCCAGGUGGCGCUGAGUGUGCUACAAGACAACCUGAAGGAGCAGACAGACACAUCAACCCUGGAUGAACCCUUGGUCGUGGAGGCUGCCGACACUAUGGAGAACGUGAAGGACAUCGAUCGUGUCCUUGCCGAGCACGGACACGUCUUCACCAAGGUCAAGUUCUCCUUCACCAUCGAGGCUGUCACCGUGUCGCUCUUCACUAAACGCACUAUUAGACUUUCAUCAGUAUCCAGCGACACACUCAUCAACCUGAUCGACACAGUGCCCAGUGGAUCAGCCUCCCAGGAGUGUCUGAGUCCUGGGAGCUCUAUGGACGCUGCCUCUCCGUGCUCCUUUACCCUGACACCAGGCCGCUCCAAGGGGGCCCACCGGGUGAUACCAGACGCGGACUACAGUGUGGAUAUUCCCAAAGAAGCGCUGUCAGAGAUCUCCCUCAAAGUGGUCACCCUGAAGGGAGAGAUGAUGUCGGACGGGACGCUUGUGACCAACCUUGUCCUAUACAACUGUGUACUGCAAGACACAAGGCCAGGCCAGAAAGACUGCAUCAACAAAAUGAUGGAGAGGAGGGCGACGAAUGGUUCACGAGGCAUGCUGGACCUCACCUUCCGGCAGGGCAGCUCCAGCGACAUAUUUGUUGACGUUCGUAUCUCCGGCUUCAUCUUGGUGCUGCAUCUUCCGUACCUGCUCAGAAUACAGCGCUUCUUCACCGACAACCUCCCCAAGCAGCCAGAGGAGCCGCAGCCACAACAGAAGACCAAGGAGAUAGCCAAGCCCAAGGUGGACAAGGCGCCCGAGGAGGAGGUGCAGCCGAGGAACGCCAUGACAAUCCGUGUCAAGGUGGAGCAGCCGCUCAUCGCCCUGGUGGAAGACGUGUCAUCCAUCAACACAUCCUGCAUCAUCCUCCAUGCUGAGGCCAACUGUGACAUCAAGAUGGCCCCGCAGCACCAGAACAUCGCCGCCAACGUGACCAACAUAGAGAUGUACACCUGCUGCUUCAACCCGGAGAUCAGGCAGAGAACAACAGCACAGGUAGGACAGAUGAUGGCUUACAGGACUGUUAUGGUAGAUGAAGGAAAGUAUUGCAUGGACGAGAUGGUUAUAAGGAAUGAAGAUGAAGAAAAAUAAACUAUAGAGUAAAUGAUAACAAGGAAUGAAGGGAUUUGCUACUUCAACCCGGAGAUCAGGCAGAGAACAACAG